GGAAGAGCCACGCAAUGAGACCGCUAUUCUAACCCCAACCUCCGAUUCACACUCUUAAAUCCUCUUCGCAUGCGUUAGAUUCCCAAAUUAGGAAAAGGACGUAGUUUAAAUGUAGUUUUUUCCCCCCCUGAGACUCUUUAUACAGAUUUAAUUGCUUUUAUAAAGUUCUCAUGAAAUUGGCUUCAGCACUGAGGAUGCAAAACAGAAUGACGGAACUUUCUACACGGAAAAGAAGCGCUUUGGAUGUUUUUGUGUAUUUGUGUUUUGUUUCGUUGGCUUAUUCCUUUAACAUUGACUUGCAACAUCCCCUGGUGUUUCGGGGACCAGAUGCGACGUUUUUUGGAUAUUCAGUCCUGGAGCACGUCCAUGACAACACACGCUGGAUUGUGGUUGGGGCUCCUAGAGCAAACUCGUCUUUCAGUAGUUCAGUUCAGUCACCCGGAGCCGUGUACAAGUGCCGGAUCCGCAACAACCCAGAGCAACGCUGCACUGAGAUGGACCUCGGCAGAGGAAAUAAGCAGAGGGAGUCCUGCGGGAAGACGUGUCAAGGCGACAGGAACAACGAGUGGAUGGGGGUCAGUCUCGCUCGACAGGACAAAACCAACGGCAAAAUUCUGGCCUGCGCUCACCGCUGGAAGAAUGUAUACUAUGAAUCGGAGUAUAUUCUUCCGCACGGAUACUGCUCCAUCAUCCCAGCCACUCUGCAGGGCAAAUCACAGCCGCUCAUACCGUGUUAUGAAGACCAUAAGAAGACCUAUGGGGAAGAACAUGGCUCGUGCCAAGCCGGGAUCGCAGGCGUUUUCACCGAGGAACUGGUUAUCAUGGGUGCACCUGGUUCUUACUACUGGACCGGAACAGUCAAAGUGUUUAACAUGACAUCCAAUACUCACUACAACCUUAAUCAAGACGACCUGAACCCUCAUAGAUACAGCUACCUUGGGUAUGCUGUGACUGCUGGUCACUUUUCCUCUCCAAAUACCAUAGAUGUGGCAGCUGGUGCACCUCAAGACAGUGGUGGUGGAAAAGUUUACGUCUUCAGAAUUGAGGGAGCAUCUCUUGUGAAGAUCUUUCAGGCCUCAGGGAAAAUGAUGGGCUCUUACUUUGGCUCCUCAUUGUGUGCAGUUGAUCUAAACGCGGACGGACUGUCGGACUUGCUCGUGGGAGCACCCAUGCACAGCAAAAUCCGGGAUGAAGGACAAGUUUCUGUUUACCUCAGCAGUGGUAAUGGAGUAAUGGAGGAGGUUGCGAUAUUGAACGGUGACAAUGCAUACAACGCUCAUUUUGGAGAGUGCAUCACGUCUCUUGGGGACAUUGAUGACGAUGGCUACCAAGAUGUUGCGAUUGGAGCUCCUGAAGAGGACGACUAUGGAGGAGCCGUUUACAUCUACCAUGGUGAUGCCACAGGAAUAGUUAACAAGUACUCAAUGAGAUUGUCUGGGCGAAGCAUCAACCCCACCCUCCAAAUGUUCGGCCAGUCAAUUUCCGGCAAUGUGGACAUGGAUGGAAACGGAUAUCCAGAUGUGACGAUAGGGGCGUUCAUGGCUGACAGUGUGGUUUUGUUAAGAUCCAGGCCGGUGAUCUCUGUGGACGUCUCCAUCUUUUUGCCUGCCUCAAUAAACAUCACAGUACCGCAGUGUCAUGAGGGCCCACAGCAUCUCAACUGCUUCAAUGUCACCAUCUGCAUGAGCUUUCGAGGAAAACAUGUACCUGGCCACAUAGAGUUGCUGUACAAUCUAACAGCAGAUGCAGAUAAGAGACACAAAGCUCUGCCGGCCCGGGUGUAUUUUGGAAACGGUGUUGAGCAGACCGGUGCUGUAAGUCAGCGUUUCAGCUUGGAAAUCAACCGACAGCAGUGCCAUCAGUACACGUCCUUUGUAAGGGUGAGUUUACUCAAAGAUAUCCCAGCGUACCUCAUGUCCCACAGGGGUUCUGGAAAGGAUUCGCCAGGAGGGGGCCAGUGUACUUCUGGUGGCCCCCGUUGGCCAACCAGGGUAUGGUUUGCGGACCUGAUUUCCCUUCUCGAGGGUCCUCCUCUGGAGAUUCCGGUCAGGAGGGACCUUCUGUCUCAAGCGGACGGGGGAUACUCCACCCCCGUCCGGAACUGUGGAGGUUGUGGGCUUGGCCUCUGA